AUAACAUGCACCGCUUUUAAGAGGAAGUGCUUCGUUUCCAAUGUAAAUAACAUGGGGAAUUUUAAUUAAAAAUCGCGCAAGUUUUCCCUUAAUUCUAAAUCAUUUUCUAUUGACAAAGAAAAACAUGUAAAAUAAACGAGGAUAGGAGUUUGUAUUUCAUCAAGAUGUUCCGUGGUCCACGGGAUUAUUCCAAGUUAGACCUAAAACAGUUUGGUGGACACAAAGAUGAGGUAAACAGUGUGGCAUUUUCCCUAGACUUCCAGAUUAUGGUGACAGGAUGUGAUGAUGAGAGAGUUCGAGUCUUCAACACGAGCAAUGGAAACCUUGUCUGUAAACUAAAGGGACACACUGGGGCUGUUAAAAGUGUGUGUAUUGCCCCAGACAGUAAAACAUUGGCUAGUGGAUCAUAUGAUAAGACUGUCAGAGUAUGGAGAAUGAAUGACGGUGAAGCACUCCAUGUUCUUGAAGGUCACACAAAAAGUGUCGAGGUUGUCGUGUAUUCAGCAGACUCCAGUAAGCUUUGCUCUGGCUCCUGGGACAGAACUGCAAUACUCUGGGAUGUACAGAAUGGAUAUUUACUGAAGGUGUUUGAGGGUCAUGAAAAUUUGGUGCAGUCUAUAGCAUUUUCUCAUAAUGGGUUUUUCCUUGCUACAGGAUCAUGGGAUUUUACAGUUAGAUUAUGGACAAUAGGAAGCCCUGAUGGUGUAGACAAAGUUAAAGUGCUAGAAGGUCAUAAAGGCAACGUACAUGCUGUCGCCUUCUCUAAAGAUGGAAUGCUGGCAUCUGGGUCCUGGGACAGGUCAGUCAAGUUAUGGAAUCCUCGUACUGGCAAGCUGAUACACUCGCUGACGGGACAUGAGGGAUGGGUUCAAGCCCUGGCUUUCUCUAACGAUGGGAUAUACUUAGCCAGUGCCAGUGAUGAUGAUACUGUGAGGGUCUGGGAUGUAGUGACAGGGGCUUGUAUUAAAGUGCUAGAGGGUCAAACAGACAUAGCCCAACAUUGUGCAUUUACCCCAGGAGGGGCUCUGGUUGCAUCCGGUGCUGCGGGGAUGACAUUGUCUCUAACCUGACGUCCGUUCUAAAACCAGACAUCAUCUUUUACUAGAUCAUCGCUCUAACCAUUCAUACCAUCACCUCAGUACAGUACCGGGUACUUUAUACCUAUUAAAAUUGAAUUGGACUGGUUAUUGCACUAAGGUGACGAUACAUCAGUUUAAAAUUGUCAAUUCUUUGCCAUUUUUUAGUCUUUACCAGUUCUAAAACAACUGCUUAGCAAGAAUUGGUGCUGCU